AUGGCUUCAGGUAGCCCAGAUGACUCUGGUCGGCAAGCUAUCCUUCCAUGGACACCAGGCGAUGCGUCUGAGACUGCAACCGAAGCUCUCCAAGCAUUGGACACUUACAAGAAGAAGGAUCCAUCCAAAGUGGUGGUUCGCUUCAAGGCAGUCGGUAAUGCACCGAUUAUGAGGCAGAACUUCUAUAAGAUUACUGCCUCCAACCGUUUCCAGGCAGUCAUACAGUUUUUGAGGAAAGAGCUGAGCUGGAAAGCCGGGGAUCCACUGUUCACAUAUAUCAACCUCGCAUUUUCUCCCGCUCCAGACGAUACAGUGUCUAAUUUGUACAAGUCGUUCGCUACGGAAGGACAUCUGAUAGUCAACUACAGCACGACGGCUGCAUGGGGGUAA